AUGUUACAAACGGAUACGAAGUUACGUCAUUUAGUACGACGAGCCGUCACGACAGUUCAGCAGGAGAUGGAGGGCGAGAAGAUACCAUCGAUGCCACCCGAGUUUAGCCAGGACGAGGGUCAGCGGCUUACUGACCAGAUGGCAGCUAAUGCUGCAGUUCCUGCUAGCUUUGGUGCUAGGAAUCGAUACGAACCCGUAUGGCGGUCCAUUAGUCCCACUGAUGGCGGCCUGCAAGGGGACGUGGAGGACCAAGUUGAAGGGCUUUCGGGCCAGUCGCCGCGACAGACUUUCUACUUGGACGAGACGGGUCGUCGUUGGAGUACUGUUCCUUGGCCCGAACGGUGCCUUGCCUAUGGCCCCGGAGUCGGCGGUGGCCUCUGUGGUGAAAUGCUCGAGCUCACUGUCAACACGGUGAACCAUAAUCGCUACCGUAUACCCGUGGGAGGUAAUAACGUAUCACUUCUGCUGCGACCAAAGGAUGUCACUCUGGCCAUCGGUGAGUACAAGGCAUGGUCGAUGGACUGUGAGGACGGCUCUUACAAGCUGCGAUAUGACUGUGCUCGGCCUGGCUACUACUUCCUCGACGUUACUGUCAAUGGAGGUCACGUAUAUAAUCUCUGGCGCGGUGGUACCUACCUCGGAUGGCUCGAGUCUGGUCUUGCCUGA